AAAGAACCUUCGUAGACCGCAAAUUAGAUAAGUUUUUUUUUCAAGGAUAUUUGUAUAUCAUUUCUUAGUAGUUUCAACUGCUUCUUCAUCGGUUUUAUUGCUCUUUAUAAGCUUACUCAGCUGUUUUACGAUAAGACGUAUUUUAAACACAGCUGUCGUCCUACAUUUAGUCGUAGAAUGUUAUCAGACGUUUGAAAACUUGAUAUUGAAAUAAACAUCUUGUUUCUGCGAAAUAGUGUUUUUCAAAAUUCUCACCAUGUCUGAAGCCAUUUCACCGUUCAGGAAAAAAAAGAUGUCAAACGAAAUUACUCGCAAAGUAUUCACGAUCACGUGGAAAAUAGUUAACUAUUCUUUAAAUGCUUUAAGGUGCGGAGAACGAUUAGAAAGUCCUGUGUUCCAUGCCGAGAACUUCAAAGGCACAAAAUGGUUCUUGAGUUUAUAUCCAAAAGGAGAUAUAAGUUUUAAACAUUUUAUUUCAUGCUAUUUGCACAGAAAUUCAACAGAUGACUGUAAAAAUGAGGUAUCAGUCUCGUUCAUAUUGGAAAUAAUUGAUUCGCAGGGUAAUAUUUUAAGUUCAACUGAAUUUACAGAUGAAUGCAAAAUGUAUAAAUCUGAAAUGCAUGGAAAACAUGAAUUUCUCACCCAGGAGCAACUUGCUAAUUCCAUGAAAAGAUGGAAGGAAGACACUUUAGUAUUCCGCUGCCAUGUGUUUAGCGAAACCUAUAAGCAAGAAGCAAUACAAUGGGAAUCCCGAACAGAAAUAUUGGUAAAGAAUUGCUCUUUCAGGUGGAAACUUAAGCCAAGUGACUUAGAAAACUGGACGAAAUUAAUAAAACUACCAUUUCAGAACACUACCGAGUUUGCUAUCACUGCUACUGCUUCCAAGGAAAAAGUACGCUUCGAAAUUAAGAAAUCCAACUCGAUGUUUGAUUUUUUAACGACAACUUUGCAAAUGCUGAAAGUUGGCGGAAUGUUCGAAAGCUUUUUUGUCGGUGAGAUUUACAAAUUAGAAUUUUUUAUUCUCGAUGACAACGGAGUGCAAAUGAAUGUGGAAAUACCUUCCAUUUUGUUUAAAACAAGAGAAGGAAACCCUUUAUUGAAAUUUGAGCUUUCUGUUGGUAGGAAGAAAGUGAUUGAUUUAACAGAUUUCACAUUGAUGUGUUCUAUUUCGUAUGCGAAUGGUAUGUGGACAUCUGAAAUUGAGAGCUAUUCUUUUGGGAAAGUCUCUAAGCAGUUUGUGGUUCCUUCAUUGUCCUUGCAAGAAGAUCUCAAAAAUAUGUUAUUCGGCGGGAAAUUCUGCGACGUGAAAUUACGGACUGCCGAAAAAAUUGUUCCAGCUCACAAAUCUUUAAUGUGUGCCCGCUCGCCUGUCUUGUCCGCCAUAUUCGAUCGAUUAAAGCUGGAAGGUCAGAUUGAUACUGUUGAUUUUACUGAUACCGACGCUGAGACAGUUCUGUCUUUCUUAGAGUUUUUGUACACUGAUACCAUCACCAAUACUGCAAGUGAUCAUAUUUUUAAGCUGAUCUUAUUGGCUAAUAAAUACCAAGUGAAUGCGUUAAAAGAAUAUUGUUCUGAUAUCUUAAUGUCCAAAUUGUCAACAGAAAACGUCUGCGAAGUGAUAUCGGUUGCUGAGGCGAUCAAUCUGCUAAAUUUAAAAUUGUCUGCAUUAGAGUACAUAAAGGCAAACAAAAAGGAUAUUCUUUCGACUCCUGUUUGGAACGAUUGGGUGGAAAAGAAUUUGCAGCUAUCUAAUGACAUUUUAUCUAAAAUAGUGCUUGACUGAGUUAAAAAAAAUGAGAAAACAUAGCUCUUUCCAUUGAUAAUAAUAAUAAAAAAAUAAUUAGAGGUUAUGUUACUUUUGAAAUAAACUAAAAUGAACAUUUAAUCAAACUAAACAGUGACGUUGAUGCUUCUAUCAACAAUCAAUAAUUGAUGUAAUAAACAUGACCUCUAAUUUAAGUUGCGUUAAUAAGUUGUGUCGUAACUAUGUUUGAUUUUACGAUAAUAAUGGAACAGAAGCUAAAGUAUGUAUGAUAAUUAUUUUUUUUAAAUUUACUAACUGAGUUUCGCAAAACAUAUGCUUUUAAAUAAAUGCCCUUUUAUAUUUACAAUUGUAUUUUAAUUUUUUUGAAAACUUAAAGUAAGAGUAAUGAAUUAACGCAUAUUUUUUCUUGAUAUAUAUAAAUUUGUCUUUGCGGCA